ACCCUUUUUGCUAGACGUUACAAAACGUGGCCGGAGUGUGGCGACGAAGACGCUACUGCGGUUUGAAAAUUCCUCGACGAGUGGCUAUGGUCUGCCGUAAUAUAGUUAAUUUCCCAGUCUGUGCCUGUGUGGUGUUUGUAUAAUAGGUAUAAUAGAAUGUAAUGACUAGGUGGUGCAUGAACUAUGACACUGUAUGCUAGUAAGAAUAAAGAGCCAAAAUGAUUGGCACAGUGUCCAGCUUGGAAGAUGCUUGUCGUCAAGCUCAGGAUAUGAUCGACCAAGUGCCUCGAUACUGGAAGGACUGUCAGACUCAGAGUUGUCUGAAUUCAACCGUAGAUCAAAUUUCAUGUGGGAAUGGAAAAGAACAGAAUCACUCUAGGCGCAGUAUUCAAUCAAAAUUGACAAGAUUAUAUUUCGAAGAAUUGUCUAAAGUUCCUCAUGCCACUCCUGACUCUGUUCUGAACAACCUCGAGAAUGAAUGCGAUCUUUUGGGUCGGUUGGUGCAAAGAGAAGGUCUCCAUACAUUAAUUGUGAACCUCUACCCUGGCAAUAAAGGAUACUCAUUAGGCAUAAGAAACAGAGAAGCGGAAUGCACGUUUGAUAAAAAUGCAUUAUUAUCCGAGACUCAGUUAAUGGGAUAUGAACAAGGAGAAUUAUUGUCCCACAUAGACAACGGCCAGCUACCUGCAAUGCUAGCUGAACAAUUAGAAGGAAGUCAUUCGCAUUUAUUUUAUGAUGGAUGUAUUAUAGCCGAAGUACGAGAUUACCGCAGAGCCUUUCCUCACACCAAGGCUGAAGUUCACCAUGUUCUCCUUAAACCUACAACACAAAGCGUGCUCUCAGACGUCUCUACUUUAACAAGCGACGGAGAUUGGAGUCACGAAGAGAGAUUAGUCUUGGAGUCGCACCUUGUGGCUGCAACACAGGGUCCUCUUUGCCUAGAUCCCAGCCCUGCUCCUAGUUUAGCAUCGACUCGUAUUCGCCAAUCCAAAGCUCUGAUUACGGAUCAUCAGUUAAUACGCCAGGCCAAAAAGUUUUCCCAGGUGACAGUAAAUCGGAAAAGAAAAUUGGAGCAGCUAGCACAGCCUGAGGGCCUGACAAUACAGGAUCUAAUGCAAAAAAUACGUACAAAACGAGGAAUUCCAACAACCACUGCCUGUUCACCACCUUCUCUUGUUAAUCCUCCACUUCUUCCGCCAAGUACACCGAUUGAUGUUCUGAGAUAUGCAAAAGCCUACGAGCGACCACGGGAAACACGAGACUGCCUACCACAACUUAUAGAAGAAUAUAUACUAGAGACUGAAAGGGGCCAAGGUCGAAUAUAUCAUAUAAAGCUCUCAAUUUUGCAAAGACCAUCUAACUCUGAAUAUCUUGGAGAACUUUAUGUUGAUCGAGAUCAUAGAGAGGGAGAAAAAAAUGGAUCAGCAUGCCGGUUUAGCCUCGGCACCAGAGCGCAAGCGAACCAUUACAUUCAGCAAUUUACAGAAAUAUUCACUGAAGAAGGAAGAAAAAAUGUAAGGAUUAAGCAUGUUGUGCCAGGACAGGCCCCUCGCGUUACUUGUACCCCAGGCAUGCAACGUGCUCAUCAACAGGCACAAGCACAAGCAGCACAGAUCGUUGCCCAACAACAGAUCCUUUCAAGAGCCCAAGGGCAAUUGAAUACUGUGACCAACCAGGUGGCUUCCAUGAAAACUGCCCCCGAAGCAACGAGCUCUAGUCAGGCUAACCUGGCAAAUUUGGAUCUAACGGUCGGUCCGCAUGCAGUAGAAACGACUGCGCCAAGUUCAGUUCCAACUAUAAGUAAUGGCAUGCCACACAAUGUCGCUAGUGUUCAAAUGGAUGCUUCUACAAUGUCUAGAGCUGAUGUUAAUUCCUGCAAUGGUUCCGGAAUUUUAGUAUUCCAGCCAAAGCCUGCUCAAUGCGUCAACAGUAUAUCAGCAACGAAUGUUCCCGUUUUGCAAGCUCAACUGCAAGCUGGAUCUCAGGGUAAUAUUGGAGAGACAUCCAGUCAGAGUCAAGGAGAGACAUCGUUCAAAAAGCACUCCACAAAUCCCGCAAUAAGCGCUCUUGUCACUUCUCUCAUGAAUUCUGCUCAACAGUUUCAGCAGCAGGCUGCAGCUAAUGCAGCCGCUGCAGCACUCAACAAUAGCGCGCAGGCUAGUACAAAAUCAAAUAACACUGCAAUUCUAAGCCUUCUAAAUAGCAGCCCUGCCAAUAUAGCUCAGCAAAAGACGCAACCGCGAAGGAUCUCAUUAAAUACUACGAUCCCGCCUAGAGUGAUCAGUCAUGGCAAUGUUAUCACUGUUCCCAGUACCACAGGCCAAGUGAGAGUAAGUUUCACCUCUGCUUUAGCAGGACAGCUAGCGGGAAAACAAGCCGUGCGAUUAGCUAGGGUACAAGAUCCUGCUUCUACACUUGGGCUGUCAAUGCCAGGACUAUCGGCUUUACUUGCUGGCACUCCAUCGGCUGAUAAUCCAAUACCUGGUAUUAAUACAGCGUCCUCAUUACUCGAAAGAUUAACAGCCUCAUCAAGUCAAGGUAGUCAGCCGUCUAGCCCUAUGACUAGUCCACCUCCCACAAACAUGAAUCUACAGGGAGUUAAUCUCACUAGUCUAUCCAACUCAAUCAACGGACUUCAAAAUGUUCAGGUGUCUUUUCCCGGUUUGUCACAACCAAUUACGAUGUCACUCAACGUUUCGGCAGCUACCGGCUCAGUUACACCAACUGGAGUUAUUGUGUCCCUUCCGAUAUCAUCGGCUACCAAUACCUGCACAACUGUAUCCAGCAUGGUAUCUGCGACAGUUGUAACUACUCCAGUAUCCGGAAGCACUCCGACGGUGGUAAUUGCGAACCCGGCCAACACUCAUUUGCCAUUACCUAUUGCUCAAAUAAUACCGUCGGGAGUAAAAGGCUUAUCACAACAAAAUAUACGUAACGCUAAUGCGGUGACUCUCGCUCAGGGAGGAUCGGCGAUACAACUAGUUGGCUCUCAAAGGCAGCGACUUAAUCAAAUAACUCGUCAGGUACAGCCAAACCAAGCAAAGCCAACUAUCAUGCCAAAUCAGUUAGUAACUGUUACAAAACCAGUAACUGCCAAUCAGUUGAUUUUGUCUGGGAACAAACAGGUGCUCACUCCAAUCGGAGCAAGCAAACCUGUGCUCAUGGCAACCCAAGCUACUUCCUCAACGCAAGCAGUACCUGUAAACAAACAAACAUUGCUAACAAAAACUUUGCACACACGACCUUCUACAGGACAAAGCGUAGCGCAACCUCAAAGCCUUGGGGUAACAGGUUUAUCGCAACAACAAUUACAGAGGACCCUGGUGAAGCCGGUACAAUUACAGCAGUUGCAACAAUGUUUGGCUGCUCAACAUAAGGCAUCUGUAGCAGCUGGUAACUCGCCGAGUAGGACGCAGUUGCAACCGCAACGAAACACGACUUCUACGCCUGGGGAAGACUCUCUCUGAAUACGUUCAAAUAAUUUUAAUAAGACGCGUCGAAUUAGAAUCAAGAAAAAACCCCUCAGCGAAUAAUGGUGCAAAGUACAUGAAGUAUAUUUUACCUAAGCAACAAAUCUUCAUACCAAUCACGCGGUAGACCAACUCUGGGUAUAGUUCAUCUAUUUCGAUUAUUUCGUGUAAUAGGUAUUAAAUGUUUUUGCCCAAAGAAGAUGAUUUGUCUAUAUGUAUGACUCGGAAGAAAACAACAAUUAUGGAGAAUAAUCACACAUGCAUUGUACUUGUACAAUAACGCGUCUACACCAAAAAUAAGUAUUGCAUAUUUAUUUGAUGAGGGACUUCAAUAACUGUACAUAUUAGUACAUAUGUAUAUGCGAUAUAUGAUUUGUUUUAUAUUAAGAAAUCGUAAUAAAUAUUCCAUUUUCA